GUAGUGUUCCAUUGGUGCCAUUAGCAUCUCAACAAUAACGACGAGUCUGUGUCUACUUGGCUUGGUCUGGGAGUUUCGACGUGGUGGUCAAGAAGAGAGGCGGUGCCGGACGCACACUCACCUUCUGUUAGCAUCGAGGUUCUACUCGUCAGCUGCUUUCACCAUUGAUCAGACAGCGAGUCAUAUUUCCCUCACCAGAAGUUGACAGUCUCCACCUCUCUAUCACCUGGGAGAACGUUAAGUACCGCGACCUCUCUCUUUCGUCAACGCUUCUAGCCGUACUCGACCGCUCAGCACUAUCGACCGACCAGCCACAUAUUUUGGACGAUACAUGCUCUUUCCCCGGCCAACACGCAAUGCCUCUCUACCAGCCCUCAUCCACGACGGCGUUCAACACACUUCCCAUCGAGCUUAACAAGGUCAUCGCCCACGAACUAGAUACCGACAAGGAUAUUGCUACCUUCCGUUUGAUCUGUAGAAGCACGAACGAUGCGAUCGACGCUGACAAGUACUCUUUCUGGCGUGCAAGGUUUCGGGAGAAGUAUGCUGCCAAGGAGGGCAUGUCUAACAAGGAGAUGAAGAGAACAUACCAACUUCGCUGCAAGCAGCUUCGUCGAGGUAUUGUGUACGACUUCUUUCGUGGUCACAAGAAGCGGGAGGUGGAUGUUUUGGAAGUUCUGAAAGACCUCAUCCUUGAGUCCUUUCAGGGCGGAUCCCAACUUGACGAGUAUGGCCGUCCGUACUGCAAGAACCAAACUCAUCUUUUGAACUUCACCCUCAACUCUAAGAUGCUUCUGAGCGACCGCCGCGCGCCUCCGCCAGCCAGAGGCGAGAAGGACACUGUGAACCAGACGUUGGGGGCUGUGAAGCUAAUGUGCUCUCACUUUCUAUUCCAACUUGAGGGAACGAAGCACGGCGUCUUCGCAGUUGAAGAGUCGCAGCGAGCCGUCUACAUGCCGACUAACACCGCUCCGAUUUACAGUGGCCCCGAACUCAAAGACGUGAAUAUGGAUUGGAUACUGCACUGCUUGAACUUCUUCCGUCACCAUAUGAUGGACGAAGAGGUAGUAACGCUAUUUUCUGCAAUGGAAGAGCUGUCGGUAACGCAGAAGCCGUCAGUAUGGCGAGAGCCUUUACGGCAGGGCGUCCAGCCGUUGUGUAGACACUGGAAGGGGACUUACUCUUUUCUUGACCCCCUGGAGAUUGAAAGGCUUCGAAAGGUUCCUGCUGACAAGGUCGGCGAUGAGUAUUUCUCCGACAAGAAUGUGGACGAGGGACAGAUUCAGUCACUGACCAUCGAAUUCAACGAAGGCGGCAAGUUACGAUGGCCACCAAUCUUCGAAGAUCGCUUACAGUCACUACGAGACUUGGGAGGACCGCCCAUCAAGACGCAGGGUAGAAGCAAACCGAAAUCAACUCCAGACGAUGCCAAGUCAAAGAACCUCCAGUUCAUAGGUAGUGGCUCUGAUCUGGCCGACGACUUCUACGCCAUUGGCUGGCUCAAUGCCCUCCCUGACCAAGGAGGAAUCCCCGGCUGGCAACGCAUCACGUUCAUGAAGCAUUUCACGGAUGACUUGGAUCAAGUGGCGCAGGACAAUCUUUGGGCCUACGAGGGCGUGGUGUUGCCUGGGGGCCGCAUCAUCUUGGGGCGGUGGUGGUUCGCUUCAGGGCGCAAUGUCGAUUUUGAUAGAGAUUACAAUGGGCCUUUUAUCUUCUGGGCUGUCGACUCCGAGCCUGAAUUCAAUGACGGUGGCGAUGGCGAUGGCGAUGAGUGACGGCAGAUGGAGCCGUGGUAUUCAUAUCCAUACCUACAGCUGGUGUGCACACAUCGUACUCGUCUCCUUCGUCUCCCGACCCUUCGUCAGGUCACACAUAACUUGGAAGUUCGCCUUUCGUCGAGGUCCAAUUCGAUCACUCGAACCCGGAACCUCCCCAUCAUAUCAGCACGGCCUGUGGAAUUUUCGUACCAGUAUACCAUAUUCUCAGAUCUUUUUACAUAGCCCGGAGCUUUUGCGACUUUUGCGACGGCAUAUAUUUUCUGGGGGAAAAGUCUUUUGGAGGCGUAGGAAUUGGGUUGGGUUCUAGCGUGCGUUUGCCUGGAUUUUAUCAUAUCUUGCAUGAUCAUCUUUUUGGAGGCUGGUUUUGCACUGGACUGAACUGGGGGAUAUGGACGUAGGACAAUACCAGGAGCAUUGGAC